UCUUUUCACUGAUAAUAAGAUUGAACUACAAUUACUUUGUAAUUGGAGACGUAGACAUAUUUUUCCAAUUCUCGUUACCAAACAUCACAUUUCAUUGUUUGCGUUUUAUCGUUUUAUUUAUCUUUUGAACCGAGUUGUUGUUCGAACACCCUUUAACUAUAUAACCAUGCAGUCACUAAAACCAACUAAGCCAAAUAUUUCAUACACUAUAGAACCAACACAACAACAACAACAAAAUGAGUUCUCACACCUUCCUUGUUAACCUCUUUCUUUUGCAACUCAUAGCUAGUACUUGUCAUGCAGCAAAACUUAGUAUUGACUAUUACAAAAACACAUGUCCAAAUGUUGAAUCAAUAGUCCACAAUGCAGUUGAGAUGAAACUUCAACAAACAUUUGUUACAGCACCUGCUACACUUAGACUCUUCUUCCAUGAUUGUUUUGUUCAGGGUUGUGAUGCUUCUGUUAUGUUAGCUUCAAGAAACAGCACUUCAGAGAAAGAUAAUCCUAUCAAUCUUUCAUUAGCUGGUGAUGGAUUUGACACUGUGAUCAAAGCCAAAGCUGCAGUUGACAGUGUUCCUGGCUGUCAAAACAAGGUUUCAUGUGCUGACAUUUUGGCAUUGGCAACUAGAGAUGUCAUAGCAUUGACAGGAGGACCAUCUUAUGAAGUAGAGUUGGGAAGACUAGAUGGAAGAAUCUCUACAAAAGCAAGUGUGACAAACCAUCUACCUCAUCCUGAAUAUAAACUAGCAAAGCUAACAAAAAUGUUUGCUUCACAUGGCCUCACCCUUACUGAUCUAAUUGCUCUAUCAGGAGCACAUACUAUUGGAUUCUCUCACUGCAGCCAGUUUUCCAAAAGAAUUUACAACUUCAGAAGUGGGAAGAUAAUUGAUCCAUCACUUAAUCCAUCAUAUGCAAAACAGCUUCAACAAGUGUGUCCAAAAGAUGUGGACCCCAGAUUAGCCAUUGACUUGGACCCUACUACACCUAGAACAUUUGAUAAUCAGUAUUACAAGAAUCUUCAGAAAGGAAUAGGACUACUCUCUUCUGAUCAAUCUUUGUUUACUCAUAAAAGUUCAAAAAGCCUAGUGAACUUGUUUGCAUCCAACAACACAGCCUUCGAAAAAUCUUUUGUCAUUGCUAUAACAAAGCUCGGCCGAAUCGGGGUCAAAACUGCAAGCCAAGGCGAAAUCAGGCACAAUUGUGCGAUGAUUAACUGAGUCAUUCACUUUGUUUUGUGAUCAUUAUGAAAUAUUUCUUUUAGUUUCUUGUUGUUUUAUUCUUUCUGUUGUAAAGAAUGUACAAGGCUGGUCUAGGAAUGAGGAUAAUAAAACAAAUAAAAAUGUUAUCAUUGCAUUUUCCAA